AUGUCUCAUUUAAUUACUACUAAUAUUGAUUCAAAUGAAGUUGAAGAAGAAGUGUCACAAUCACCAAAACGACAGUUCCUUUCUUCAUCUAUUAUGCAUCCAAACGGUUCCGUCAAUUCAAACAAAUCAUCGAAAUUGUCAUUCAGUAUCAGUCGCUUAUUGGCAGUUAAUAAUGACUCUAAUAAACACAAUGAAAGCGGAUCGACAUCUGAAUCGGUCGAUCACGAGAUGUCUGAAUGUGUGACAACUGAAAGUGCUGUCAAAUCGCCGUCCAUAACAUACCCAUCGUCUCCAUCAUCGUUGUCACCAAAGAUGAACACUAAAUACAAUCUUUCAUCACAUCGUAUAUCAUCAAUGAGUCCCUACGAAACAGCAUUAAACCAUUUAACAGGAAAUCAUUACCAAUGGUUUGCUUCGACACCAAACCAUACACUCAUUACAGAUGGUCUUCAAAAUAUUGAGAGCAAAUCGUUAUCAUCGAUAAGCAGUGCAUGCAAUGCAAACAACUCGUGUUCGGCCACUAAUAGUAAUCAUAAUAUGAGUUCUUCAGCUAUAACUAAGCCGAGGAAAAAGCGAUCGCGCGCUGCCUUUUCACACUCACAGGUCUAUGAACUUGAAAGACGAUUCACUCAUCAAAGAUACCUCAGCGGACCAGAGAGAGCCGAUUUAGCUCAAGCCCUCAAAUUGACUGAAACACAAGUCAAGAUUUGGUUUCAAAAUAGACGCUAUAAAACCAAACGCAAGCAAUUGCAACACGAGUUAAUGAUUCAGGCGGGCAGUGCUGGUCUACAAAUGUUGUCAAACACAUCAUCUAUGAGUCCAACACUUAAUUCAUCGUCGAGUGGCAGGAAAGUAGCCGUCAAAGUGUUGAUGAAAGACAAUCAGCUUAUGUAUGGCUCAGAAGACAUCAAUUUUCUAAAGCCAUCUAUUUAUCCUUUAAUAUACUCUCCCUGGAUAUUUGGAUGUUCACAAUAA